AUGAUAUACUCCUGGCAUUCCGUUGGGGUUUUAGACUACAACCCGGUGAAAAAACUCUACUUGGUUCAUAAGGCUGACCUUAACGGCAGGGUGAGAGACAGCAAAGGAAAGCCAAUUCUAAGGUCCAAAGAGAGAGCAAAAGCAUCUUCCCAGCAAGCUCAUGGCUCUUCAUCGCUCCUUCUUGGUCAGUACUGGGUACCUAGGAUCCUGGUGCAGUUCAGUGCUGAGGACCCACGUGUGUUCACCCAGAGGGUUCUGUUUGCCCAGUGCUGGAGGAAGAACACAGAGGCCCUGCUGUUCUAUCACCUGGCCAUCGACAGUAUGCCCGUGUGGGAUGGCAUGCCCUCCCUGGGUCAGGACAGCCUUACCCGCAUCAAGAAACACGUUCUCUCCUCGCCAGGCCUACAGCUUAAGCUGCUGCAGAAAUGUGUGGUCCAGCUGGAGAAGGAGAUUAAUCUUGAAUACGAUCGAACCAUGAACCGGAUGGUUUUUGAGAAAGUGGUGAAAGAGAACCCAGAGAAGUUCUCCCAUAUCACCGUUCCGCAAAGAGAGCCCGAGACUGUGCCAGAGAGAGGAUUUGUCUCUGUCCCUGUGUACCCUUUUGAGAAGAACAGGGCAGCUUUCAUCUUCAACACGCUCCUCACCACGCCUGAGGUUAUCUCGGCCCUGUCUAAAGUGAAGGCAGAGUGUAACCGGGUGGCCACAAUGAGCCUGUUCCACCUGACCUUCACCAAGGUGCUACGGCUAGAGGAGUUUGAUUUGGCUCAGUCACAGACACACGCACAGGUCCGCUACACUGUUGCUCUCACAAUCCUCAUCCCCUCGUGUGAUGUGCAGGUCCAGCUGUUCCUGCAUGACUCGUGGGUGACCAUCCUGUGCAACAGCAUCCGGUCCAGCCUGCGGGAUGUGGGCGCCGGCUGGUUCUGCCUGAAGGAGUCGCGCUGGGAGGUAUACUGCAUGUCCAAGAUGUGCUGCCUCAUGUCGCAGGUGCGUUACAGCCUGCAGGACUCGCUGCGCUUCCUGGUGCAGGACUCUCUGGCCAGCCUCUCCCAGUUCCUGCUCAACAGCUGCCAGAGCGUGCUGCACUGCCCGCAGGACAUGGUCUGGGGCAGUGACCUCAUCAAAAGCUGCUAUAAGCCCAAAAAGAACCCCCUGUUUCUGGUGGACCUCGUUCUGGACCAGACUGGCUCUCACUACAGCACACCACUAGAGAACUUUGAGAGUACCAUAGUAAGCCUCUUUGACAAGGGCAUUCUCUCCACACACAAUGUCCCUCAGCUGGAUAAGUUUGUGAUGACCAAAAUGUUCAUCAGUAGCACGCCCCUGCUGGAGUCUGUGGGGCUGCUGGAGCCGGCCGUGAGGGAGCUGAGGGAGCGGGUGAGUCACGCACUGCGCCAGGCCUCCAUCCCGCUCACGGCCUACGCCCGCGAGUACGAGUGCCACCUGGAGCUGCACAACUCAGACGUGGCGAGCUUCCUCCGGGCCCACAGCCAGCCGGAGCAGACUCCCCAGGAGGUGAAGCGGGAGGUGGAGGAGCACCUGAAGGAGAAGGAGGUGUUGGACCACUCCCUGCCUUCCUCCAUUAUCAUCGGGCCCUUCCUGGUCAGUGUGGAGAAUGUUCGUCAGACCCUGUCGAAGAAGCGCCGUGCUCUGGCUAAUGCUGUGCUCGACAGGCUGGCACUGAAACUGGGCAAGCAUGUUGAAGAUGCCUGUGAGGAAUGCAAGGCCAUCAGCAGGAAGCUGUAUGAAAAACCUAACAGCAUUGAAGAUCUAACGGAGCAGAGAGAGUGGAUGAAGCUGAUCCCUGAGCAGCUCAAAGCUCAUGAGGAGGUGUUGUCCAAAGCCACGUCUGACUAUGAGCUGAUUGAUGAGUUCUUCUACAACCUAUCCGAGGAUGAUUUCAAGGCAAAGUGGACAGCCAUGGCCUGGCCUCAUAAGAUUGAGAAACAGAUGGAGGCGGUGGCUGUGCAACACGUGGAGGACGAAGAGCGCUUCAACAAGAUCCAGCUGGUCGACCAGAACAACUUCCAGGACCGUCUGGACUCCCUGCAAAUGGUGGUGGCUGGUUUCUCAGCCUAUACAGACGUGAGCCGGGCACAUGAGGUGGCCAACGAGGUGCGACGUGUCGGCAAGCAGCUGAAGGAGUCCCAGGCCAUGGUAUUGCUGUACAACAACCGCGAGCGAUUGUUUAACCUCCCUGUCACCAAUUAUGACCGUCUGCAGAAGCUGAACCGGGACUUCCAGCCAUUCCGAGACCUCUGGACCGCCACCUCCGACUGGCUGCGCUGGCACGAGAGCUGGAUGACUGACCCGCUGUCCAUCAUAGACCCGGAGCAGCUAGAGCGCAACGUCAAUGAUGCCUUCAAGACCAUGCACAAGUGUGUCAAGCAGUUCAAGGACAUUCCUGCCUGUCAGGAUGUAGCGAUGGAGAUCCGGACGAAGAUCGAGGAGUUCCGGCCGUCCAUCCCCCUAAUUCAGGGCCUGCGUAAUCCCGGCAUGCGCGCCCGCCACUGGCAAGUGCUGUCCGAGCAGAUCAAGAUGAACGUGAAGCCCAAGGCCAACCUCACCUUCACCCACUGCCUGGAGAUGGGCCUGCAGAACCACGUCAAAGACAUAGCCCUGGUGGCAGAGAUCGCUGGGAAGGAGUACGCCAUCGAACAGGCUUUAGACAAAAUGGAGCAGGAGUGGGCCACGGUGGCCUUUGAUGUGCUUCCUUAUAAAGACACGGGAACCUACAUCCUGAAGAGUCCUGACGAGGCCUCUCAGCUGUUGGAUGACCACAUCGUCAUGACCCAGAGCAUGUCUUUCUCGCCCUACAAGAAAGCCUUUGAGGAACGCAUCUCCACCUGGGAGGGCAAGCUGAGAAUGACACAGGAUGUUCUGGAGGAGUGGUUGACCUGCCAGCGUUCCUGGCUUUAUCUGGAGCCCAUCUUCAGCUCAGAUGACAUCAACCGCCAGCUGCCUGUGGAGGGCAAAAGGUACCAGACCAUGGAGCGCACCUGGAGGAAGGUGAUGGAGAUGGCAAACAAUAACCGCCAGGUGAUUGGGGUGUGCCCGGACGCUCGAUUGUUGGACAACCUGAGAGACUGCAACAAACUGUUGGAAAUGGUGCAGAAAGGCCUGAGCGAAUAUCUGGAGACCAAGCGCGGAUCUUUCCCAAGAUUCUACUUCCUGUCUGAUGAUGAGCUUCUGGAGAUUUUGUCCCAGACCAAAGACCCAACUGCUGUGCAGCCCCAUUUGCGUAAAUGCUUCGAGAACAUCGCACGGCUUCAGUUCCAGUCAGACCUGCUGAUCACUCACAUGUACUCAGGGGAGGGUGAGGAGGUCAAACUGCUGAUCCCUGUGCAGCCUUCUGGGAAUGUGGAGGACUGGCUGAAGGAUGUGGAGAGGUCCAUGAAGGCUAGUUUGAGGGAGGAUAUCAACCGCUCGCUGAAAGCAUACCCACAGAAACCCCGCACUGAGUGGGUUCUGUCCUGGCCAGGCCAGGUGGUCAUCGCGGGCUGCCAGACCUUCUGGACCACAGAAAUGUCUGAGUCCCUAGAGCUAGGUGAUCUGGCCAGUCGCCUUUACCCGCAGCUGCAGACACAGCUGGGAGACCUGGUGCAGCUGGUGAGAGGUCGGCUGUCUAAGAUGCAGAGGAAUGUGCUGUCGGCUCUCAUCGUCAUUGAGGUCCAUGCUAAAGAUGUGGCCGCCAAGCUGGUGGAGGAGAAUGUGUCCAGUGUGCAUGCUUUUGAGUGGAUCAGCCAGCUCAGGUGAGAGGUGUCAUCCAG